AUGAGUCAGUUGGAAUACAUGGAGAAGAAAGAGUCUACCGACAAAGUUACCACGGCCGAGCCAGUGGCUAUCGAUGACUCCCAGGAAAGCGAGAAGGUGGAAUCCUCACCGAUGAGCACUCUCCAGAAACGCGAAGAUGGUACCGACUAUCCUUCGGGUUUAAAGUUAUUCUUGAUUAUACUAGCCCUAUGCUUGAGUGUAUUCCUUAUGGCUCUUGACAAUUCUAUCAUUGCGACAGCUAUUCCCAAGAUCACAGACCAGUUCAAUAGUCUGGAUGACGUUGGCUGGUACGGUAGUGCCUACAUGCUGACUACUGCAUCAUUGCAGCUGCUGUCUGGCAAGUUUUAUAGCUUCUUUAGCAUCAAAUGGGUGUUUUUAGCAUCAAUUGCGCUCUUCGAACUGGGUAGUCUAAUUUGUGGCGUUGCUCAAAACAGCUUGACGCUGAUUAUCGGCCGCGCGGUGGCAGGUAUGGGCUCUGCAGCCAUCUUCUCGGGCGCGCUCAUCAUCCUGGCACACUCGGUGCCUUUGGAGCACCGUCCGAUGUACAGCGGCUUCAUUGGCAGUAUGUACGGCAUCGCAUCUGUGGCAGGUCCUCUGCUUGGCGGCGCCUUUACUGAUAAGGUCACCUGGCGCUGGUGCUUCUUCAUCAACCUGCCCAUUGGCGCUGUCACAUUGCUCGUGAUAACUAUCUUCUUUCCCGAUCCGCAACUUAAGACUGAGUCUGAGCCUUGGUCAAAACGCUUUAGGCGCUUUGACCCUCUCGGUAAUCUUGUCUUUAUGCCCGCAAUAAUCUGCCUGUUGCUGGUCAUGCAGUGGGGUGGCACUACCUAUGCCUGGAAUAGCUGGCGGGUCAUUCUACUCUUCUGCUUAUUUGGCGUUCUUCUCAUCGUCUUCCUUUUUGUACAAUACUGGCAGCAGGAUUUUGCCACGGUUCCUCCACGUAUAUUCCUCAAGCGCACCGUUUGGUCUGCGGCCGUUUUCACUUUUUGCCUGGGCGCCGCAUUUCUCAGCAGUGUCUACUACCUGCCCAUUUGGUUCCAAGCUGUUAAGAACGCCAAUGCGGUCAACUCAGGAAUCAUGAAUUUACCACUGUUGAUAAGUAAUGUGGUUGCAUCCAUCCUCUCAGGUGUCGCCGUGACCACGAUCGGAUACUACACUCCCUUCAUGCUGCUCGCCUCCAUAAUCACCCCUAUCAGCUACGGCCUAAUGACAACUUUUCAUCCAGACACACCACAUCCAAUUUGGAUUGGCUACCAGAUCCUGGCCGGCUUCGGUAUUGGUUUUGGUGUCCAACAGCCGCUCAUUGCCGUACAGGUCGUUCUCGACAUAUCAGACGUCCCUACAGGCACCGCUCUCAUGGUAUUUAUGCAGGUUCUUGGCGGUGCACUUUUUGUGUCGGUUGACGAAAAUGUCUUUUCCAACAAACUUGUCCAGUAUAUCGGCGAGUAUGCUCCAAGAGUCAACCCACUUGUGGUUUUGGGUGCUGGAGCCACAGGAAUUAAGCAAGUCGUCGACGCGGCAAACCUACCCGGUGUCCUGCUUGCAUAUAAUAAUGCCAUCACACAGACUUUCGUUGUUGGCGCUGCCAUGGCCGGUAUAAGUAUUGUUGGUGCCAUGAUUGUCGAGUGGAAAAGUGUCAAAGAGAAGAACAUUGGGAUGUAA